UGACCUUCACACUGCUCACGAGUCAACAGUCCGCUUCCGGCGUUUGCACAUUCGCAGCUGUUUUCGCAUAACGCAAAUGUACUCCAUGACUUCAAGAUUGCAUUCCGGCUUUUGACAAGCGCAUUUUGUCAGCUCGCCAGCGUAUGGAGAACUCGACACUUGGAUGUCAACCAGCGGAGGUCACUUAGCCUCGGCGAUUUUCCACCGGCAAGGCCUCUCCGCUCACCGAAAGAGCAUCGCUCUUCUUGCCGCGGUGGGGCGGGUCAAACUCGGCCACGGAAGCCGCAUGAGCCCGGUCCCUCGCGAGCCUCCCCGGUGGAUGAUUUGCAGGAAAAAGAGGGAUGAAUAACCUCGGUGGGGAAGCGUCAAGCUUGGAUGUUUCCGCACCUGAAGUUUUGUUGUCACAAUGAACGGCGCUGUGCAGAGUGACGCCAAGAGACAGAACCUCUUGGAAAGGUUACUAGAUGCUGUCAAACAGUGCCAAAUCCGCUUUGGGGGCAGAAAGGAGAUCGCAACGGACUCGGACAGCAGGGUAAUCUGUCUUUGCGCCCAAUUUGAGGCAGUGCUGCAGCACGGCUUGAGAAAAAGCCGAGGUCUCGCCCUCACCGCCGCCGCCCUCAAGCAGGCUGCGGGCUUCAGCAGCAAGGUUGAAACAGAGUUCACAUUCUGGUUUUACGUGAAGGAGCAUCUCAACCGGCAUGAGCUGCAGCGCUUCUACUCCCUCCGUCACAUCUCGUCGGAGCUGGGCCGGGGUCGGGCCUGGAUGCGCUGUGCUCUUAAUGAGCAUUCGUUAGAGCGCUACCUGCACACGCUGCUCGCUGACCGACCACGCCUCGGCAUUUACUAUGAAGACUGGGCUUUCAUGCUUGAUGAAGAGAGAGCUAGUAUGCUACCCACCAUGGCUGCGGGUUUGAACUCCAUCUUCUUCGCCAUCAACAUAGACAACAGCGACCUGAAUGGGGGGCCGACGAGGGGCGGCGCGUCCACCAUGACGCACCUCCUCAAGGAGUCCACGCAGGGCAUCGGCAGCCUGUGGAAGGAGUCCACGCAGGGGGUCAGCAGCCUGCUUCGAGAGAUCAGCACCGCCACCGUUGUGGUGCCGGGAUUCUGCCCGAGGGUGGAUGGAGCCUCGGACCCACUACCUGUCCUGCCGCGUAGCACCUCUGCUGAUUCCGGCCUAAGGAAGGAGCGGCGGAGGAAAAAGAAAAUCACCAACAUCAUUUCUUUCGACGACGAUCUGGACGGAGGGGCUGAAGACGAGGAAGAGGGCGAGGACGACUUCCCCAAGACUCGUGGAAUGAGCAAGAGGCAGACCGAUCCCGUUCCAAGUAGCGUGGAGGAUGGGAUUGACCUCUUGGAGCCAUUGUUCCAUCCGUCACCUUCUCACAAUGGGCUGGACGGCACCGCGACACCGACGUGGGUGGGGUCACCCCAUCACUCUCGUACAACCCCGAUGCCGACGCCUCCUUUGACAGACCGAAAGAGCAUCGACAACGAGGAGGAGGAGGAGGAGGAAGAGGAGGAGGAGGAAGAGGAGGAAAAAUACAAAUGCAGAGCACAAAUCCAAGACGACGAGAGAAGCAAUGACCAGAUGGCGGUGGGAAGUCUGUCCAGUGUAUCCACGUGGAGCCCUGUGCAGGUAUUGAUGGAGCACAGCAGCUCAGACAUCCUCAUCCCCCUCAACGCCGCCACCCCGCAGCCAGUCAACUCCGUGGAGGACUCGCCGGCCUUUCCUGCUCAGUCUGAGUCAUCGGGGCCAGCGGGAGACUGCGAUAGCCUCAGAUCACGGCCGCAUCUGAAUAUGGAGUCCAGUCCGCUGGUGCUGUCUGCUCCGUUCAGCGGCACACCGCCAACAUCUGCUCUGCCAGAGUCCAUGACAGUCGCGGAGCUGCGACAGGCCAUUGUGGCCAUGAUGAACAGGAAGGAUGAGCUGGAGGAACAAAACGGGUCUCUCCGUAGUCUGCUGGACGGGGAAAUGGAGCAUUCAGCGGGUCUGAGGCAGGAGAUUGAACUGCUGAAGAAAAAGCUGGCUGAGCUGGAAGAGCGACACAUGGCGAAAGUCCAAGCACUGGCCAGGGAGAAUGAGGUCCUGAAGGUCCAGUUGAAGAAGUAUGUGGGGGCGGUGCAGAUGCUGAAGAGAGAGGGGAGCCAGGGCAAUGACGCGCUGUCAGUAUUACCGUUGAGUGAAGAGCACGCCCCUGCCCCUCAGAGUAAAUGCAUGGGUGACAUGGAGGAGUUGGCAGCCAGCUACGAACGCAAACUCAUCGAGGUGGCCGAGAUGCACGGAGAGUUGAUCGAGUUUAAUGAGCGCCUAUAUCGCACCCUCAUGGCCAAGGACCACCUCAUCGGGCAGAUGAGACAGGAACUUAUUGAGCUGAGAGGACCGGUCCCAGGGGAUUUGAGUCAGACGUCAGACGAUCCCAGCCUCUCCGAUUUUGAAACGGCCCAUCGCGCUCUCAUCAACGUGUGGAUCCCUUCUGUGUUCCUACAGGGCAGAGCUGCAAACGCCUACCACGUCUAUCAGGUUUACAUCCGCAUCCUGGACAACGAGUGGAAUGUGUACAGGCGCUACACCGAGUUUCGGGAGCUGCACAACUGCCUGAGGUCGCGGUUCCCACAGGUGGACGCGUUCAACUUCCCGCCAAAGAAAGCCAUCGGGAACAAGGAUGCCAAGUUUGUGGAGGAGAGGCGGAAGCAACUGCAGUGUUACCUUCGUAUGGUCAUGAACAAAGUCAUCCAGACGUUGCCGGACUUCACGGCCUGUCCCACCAAGGAGACCCUGCUGUCUUUGCUGCCUUUCUGUCUGGAUGCGCCCCAGACCGGCGACGGCGGCCCCAAGACUCCCCGCUCCAAAACUUCAUCCCGCUUCCCAAGACUGGGCCGCGGCCAGCACCAGGAAGCCAGACCGGAACCCCAAAGUGGCGACCUUUAACACACCAAGACCGUUUAUUUGUCUUUGACGUUUUCAUGAUGUCCAGGUCAGCAGCCCACCCGUGUCCAACCGCUGCCGUGAAGACUUUGAGGGCAUCCGACAUGACUUUAUGGCCAACUGUCAGCCAAAGUGAUGGCAGCGUAUUUAAAUAUAGGAGAUGCCAAGAGGCUGGACCAAAUCACACCGUACCUCUUACCUCACUAAGAGACAAACUGAACUGCCACUCUUGAGAUGCUGGCUUUUAUUUCUUACUAUGCUCCUUUCUGUAGUAAAAGUGUGUGUAGUCACAGUGCCUACAGUGUAUAUUACAGCUGUGUUGAUAGCUGAUCUAUAGCAAGUGAUUGAUUCAGUCUGGGGACUCCGUCUGCUUUAUGGUGCCAUUACAUUUGAGCUAAUCACGUCUCCCAAUCGGCCACAACGUUGGCCAAGUGCUUGGGCACUCACAGUUGGGACCUUCCUAUGUGAAGUUUGUCUGCCUCCCCGUACUUGUUUCGUCUGGUUCGCGUGAACGGCUGUUUGUGUCUAUGUGCCCUACGAUUGGCCGGCGAAGGAAGACCGCGCCCCAGAAGUCAGCUGACUUGAGGCUCCAGCUCGCCCGUGACCCAAAAUGAGGACAAGCAAUGUAGACAAUGAACAAUCUCUGGUGUGGACCACCAGGUAAUGUAUUCUUCUUUGUGUUUCCUUCCCAUGUUUUAUGAGGGCGGGGCAUUAUGCAUCAUCAUGUCCAACAAUUAUCAUACUCAAGGAUUUGGGUUGUACACCACUGACACAACACAUAACGCAUCAUCAGAGCUUAGAAUAGUUCCCAUUGAAUUGCAGGUUGAUGCCACUACAGAAAUGCCUUGUUUAAGGAUUAGGGCUCAUGUUUCCUAGCAGGAUUUAACACAGCGGCGCAUUGCAAAUGAAUGUCGUAACAAAGACUAAACACUUGAAAUGAAGCAGAGCUGCUCAUGAAGAGUGCAAGGAGAGCGUCUGCGAGCCACCAAGUGUGGAUAAUAGGGGGCUCAUGCAUAUGCAGAGCUCUCCCCAAGAUGGGUACCAGAUUCCGGGACCACGAGGGCCGAUCGUUUUCUGCAAAUUCCACUCGUCAAAACUUGGAGCUGAGGGUCACUUGUGAUUUUUCUUUUUUUUUAACCCUGGAUGGAGGUGAAAAAACAAAACGAGCUGCUUCUUUGAUGCAAAGUGUCACUUUUGGCUUCAAGAGACUUCACUUUGACUUGGUUGCUCAAUAAAGACAAAUCCUAUUGGAAUGAA